UCUGUCUAAUUCUUGUGUGGAUUUAAUAGGAUGACAUAACUUAAGCCUGGGAUUAUGCUCAACAUAAACUGCAGACAACCCACCUUCAUUCUGGGAAAACUAGCUAUGCCUUGUCCUAUCACUGGGAAAACUGUGUAGUGGACUUUAGCCACUGGUGUAACUGGAUAAUAGUCAGUUCUUCUUCAUCUUGCUUAGGAACAGUUGUAACUCUGACCACUGAGUCAGGUUCAGGCUUUUUGUAUUGGUGUACUGCUCGGGCUUCAGCUCCUAUUUGUGGUGAGAACGUGUUUGCAUGUUUGUGUGUGCGUGUAUGAGCAAUGGUUAACGCAUGUGAGAUCAUUGCUCUCUGCCUGGGUGCUAUCGGGCUGGUGGGCACUGCUGCUACAACAGGCCUACCCAUGUGGCGGGUCACCGCCUUCAUCCAGGAGAACAUCAUCGUCAUGGAGACUCGCUGGGAGGGGCUGUGGAUGAACUGUUUCCGCCAAGCGAACAUCCGCAUGCAGUGCAAGGUGUACGACUCACUGCUCUACCUGCCGCCGGAGAUGCAAGCUUCCCGCGGCCUCAUGUGCUGCUCUGUCGCUUUGAGUUUUCUCGGAGUGCUGGCGGCCCUCCUGGGUCUCCGUAACACAUCCUGCCUCCAGGACCAAAACCGCCUCAAAGCCCUCCUCAUUGUGAUUGCAGGGGUGAUGCAGAUCAUGGCUGCCAUCUGCGUUUUCAUCCCAGUCUCCUGGACGGCCCAUGUUAUCAUCCAGGACUUCUACAACCCCCUGCUAUUGGAUGCCCAGCGGCGGGAGCUGGGUGAGGCGCUCUACAUUGGCUGGGUCACCGGGGCAUUCCUCUUCCUGUCUGGGGUUGUCUUCCUCUGCUGCCGUUCUACUUUGAACUCGGACCGCCUCUACCAGCCUGUAUACGGGACCGCAAGCUCCACAUUGUCGCGCUUUCAUCCGCUCACCUACACCCACAGCUCAGUCAGCACUUUGCCCCAGCAACCACAUCUAUAUGGCCAUGGCCUGGCUCCUAAACAAACCUUUCACACAGCCUUCAGGCCUGCUGUACCUCCCGCUGGUGGACAGCCUACCUUCAAUGAAGCCCAACUCACUCCUGAUGUCCUCCUGCUGAACCAUGCUAACAUGGUGCCCGCAUACCAUCGCCAGGGAUCCAUGCAUAGCUCCCAUGACACUUGGAGACACUCCACGCCCAGAAACUCCGCCAAGCCCAGCCUCCUGCCUGCACCUGUCCGCGCCGGUCAUGAUGGGCCCACCCACAAUCUGCCCACUGAUGUACAGACCUCCCAAAAACUAUUUGCACCAUCUGGAUAUGGCAACUCCUGGAUUAAACCACACAGGACACUGUCCCCUUCCAACUCUGGAAUGUACAUAUGAGGACAGUUUCAUUAAACUAUUUCCAACAGUAAAUAACAGAAUAAUUAUAAAUGAUAUAUGCUGAUUAGCCAUAACAUUAAAACCACUGAUAUUAAAACCACAGGUGAAAUAAAUAACACUAAACAUCUUGGUACAAUUGUACCUGUCAAGGGGUGGGAUAAAUUAGAUGGAAAAUGACAAAUCAGUUAAUGUGUUGGAUGCAGGAAAAAUUGGCAAGCCUAAGGAUCUGAGCAACUUUGACAAGGGCCAAAUUGUGAUGGCUAGAUAACUGAGUUGGAGCAGCUUCAAAACAGCAAGUCUUGUCUUAUGUUCCUGGUAUUCAGUAGUUAGUAUAUUACCAAAGGCAGUACAAGGAAGGAGAACCAGCGAACCGACAACGGGGUC